AUGUACGUUAUUGUUACAUCUCUGAAACGGGCGUAUCUGAGAGCUGUCCCUCUCCGCAGGGACGCUGCGUCACUCCUGGACCCGAUGGAAUGCGCAGACACGGCCGAAGAACAGAGGGUGCACAGUCCUCCCGCCUCGCUGGUGCCAAGAAUUCAUGUGGUUUUAGCCCAGAAGUUGCAACACAUCAACCCAUUGUUGCCGGCCUCCCUGAACAAAGAGGAGAGCAAAACCUUUGUUUCAAGCUUCAUGUCCGAAUUGUCUCCAGUCAGAGCAGAACUGCUUGGGUUCCUCACGCAUGCCCUUUUGGGAGAUAGUUUGGCUGCUGAAUACCUGAUAUUACAUCUCAUCUCUACAGUAUAUACAAGAAGAGACGUUCUUCCAUUAGGAAAAUUUACAGUUAACUUGAGUGGUUGCCCACGGAAUAGCACCUUCACAGAACACUUGUAUCGAAUUAUUCAACAUCUUGUUCCAGCAUCUUUUCGUCUCCAGAUGACGAUAGAGAACAUGAACCAUUUGAAAUUCAUUCCCCACAAAGACUAUACGGCCAAUCGCCUGGUCAGCGGGCUCCUCCAGCUGCCCAGCAACACGUCCCUGGUCAUCGACGAGACGCUCCUGGAGCAAGGCCAGCUCGACACCCCAGGUGUGCAUAACGUGACGGCCCUGAGCAACCUAAUAACUUGGCAGAAGGUGGAUUAUGAUUUCAGUUACCACCAGAUGGAAUUCCCUUGCAAUAUUAAUGUUUUGAUUACUUCGGAGGGGAGAUCACUCCUACCCGCAGAUUGCCAGAUCCACUUACAGCCACAGCUGAUUCCCCCGAACAUGGAGGAGUACAUGGAGAGCCUUCUCUCAGCCGUGCUGCCCUCUGUACUCAACAAGUUCCGAAUUUAUCUGACCCUGCUGCGGUUCCUGGACUACAGCAUCUCUGACGAAAUAACCAAGGCAGUUGAAGACGACUUUGUGGAAAUGCGCAAGAAUGAUCCUCAGAGCAUCACUGCCGACGAUCUCCACCAGCUGCUCAUUGUCGCUCGGUUUCUGUCUCUCAGUGCUGGUCAGACAACACUGUCAAGAGAACGAUGGCUAAGAGCAAAGCAACUCGAGUCUUUGAGAAGAAGUAGGCUUCAGCAGCAGAAGUGUGUGAAUGGAAAUGAACUUUAA